CAAAGCAGACAAUCAAGUCCAGUCAGUGUGCGCAACCACUAACAUCAGCAAAAGAACAGAAUAAAGACAUCUGCAUCAACCGAGAUCAAACCAUGUCUUACCAGGGCAAAAAGAAUAUCCCAAAGAUCACUAGUGAGAGGCUCCUGAUUAAAGGCGGUCGGAUUGUGAACGAUGACCAGUCCUUCUAUGCAGACAUCUAUAUGGAGGAUGGAGUCAUCAAGCAAAUUGGAGACAACCUGAUAGUCCCAGGAGGGGUGAAGACCAUUGAGGCCGAUGGGAAGAUGGUGAUUCCUGGAGGAAUUGACAUCCACACCCACCUACAGAUGCCCUUCAGGGGGACAAGCACUGUGGAUGAUUUCUCUCAGGGCACCAAGGCUGCUCUUGCUGGAGGAACCACCAUGAUCGUGGAUCAUGUGAUCCCGGAGCCGGGCUCUAGUCUGGUGGAGGCGUUCGAGCGCUGGCGUGAGUGGGCAGAUGAGAAAGCCUGCUGUGAUUACUCUCUGCAUGUGGACAUCACCCACUGGAACGACAGCAUCAAACAAGAGGUCCUGAGUCUCAUUAAGGAAAAAGGAGUGAACUCUUUCCAGGUCUAUAUGGCUUAUAAAGACCUCUAUCAGAUGAGCAACAGUGAGCUUUAUGAGAUCUUCACCUUCCUUGGAGAGCAUGGAGGAAUUGCACAGGUCCACGCUGAAAAUGGAGAAAUAAUUGCUGAGGAGCAGAACCGUAUGCUGGAGAUGGGCAUCACCGGACCCGAGGGACACGUUCUCAGCCGUCCAGAGGAGCUGGAGGCUGAAGCGGUGUUUCGAGCCGUCACUAUUGGCAGUCAAACCAACUGUCCUCUCUACGUGACCCGCGUGAUGAGCAAGAGCGCUGCUGACAUCAUCUCACAGGCCAGGAAAAAAGGUAAUGUGGUGUUUGGCGAGCCGGUCACGGCCAGUUUGGGAACCGAUGGGACUCAUUAUUGGAGCAAGAACUGGGCAAAGGCGGCGUCUUUUGUGACCUCACCACCCCUCAGUCCUGACCCAACCACUCCUGACUACCUAAACACCCUGUUGGCCAGUGGUGAUCUGUCGGUGGUGGGCAGCGCUCACUGCACAUUCUCUGUGGCUCAGAAAGCCAUAGGGAAAGACGACUUCACUCAGAUCCCUGAAGGAGUCAACGGAGCGGAGGAGAGGAUGUCUGUCAUUUGGGACAAGGCUGUGGUCACUGGUAAAAUGGAUGAGAACAUGUUUGUCGCUGUGACAAGCACCAAUGCUGCCAAGAUCCUCAACCUUUAUCCACGCAAGGGUCGGAUAGCCGUGGGCUCGGACAGUGAUCUGGUUAUCUGGGACACAGACGCCACCCGGACCAUCACUGCAAAAACUCAUCAUUCUGCAGCGGAGUAUAAUGUGUUCGAGGGCAUGGAGCUGAGAGGUGCGCCCAUGCUGGUCGUCUGCCAGGGCAAGAUUGUUCUGGAGGACGGGAACCUGCAUGCGACCGCUGGCACUGGACGGUUUAUUCCCUGCUCCCCAUAUCCGGACUUCGCUUACAAACGUGUCAAAGCCAGGAAACAGCUGGCCAUUCUGAAGGCGGUCCCCAGAGGCAUGUAUGACGGCCCCGUGUCUGAAUUCUCACCCAUGUCGAGGGGCGGCACGCCAUCUGCCUCCACCCGUACCUCACCCACCAAAGCCCCUGCAAGGAACCUCUACCAGUCUGGCUUCACACUGUCAGGUAACCCUGGAAAAUGA